AUGCCUCCGCGGCUACCUCGAAGCUCUGUGCAGCAAUUGUUUGCGCCAGUCCUAACACACCAGCUAUGCACUCCCUCCAGAAUCCUCACCACGACGGCCAAACGGUCCUUUGGCAUCAAGCCAAUGUAUCCUCCUAAAUUCAGCCAUAAAAACCUCGAUGCGGACCUACCGAUUCUCGCUGCGCACCCGAUAGCAGCCCAUCUGCGUAAAGCUGGCUCGCUGCCUCUCCGGACGGGGGCUCUUGCCAUCAAGAAGGGAAUGACUGCCAUCUACGACCCAGAGACUGGCGUACGGACUCCCUGUACUGUUCUCCAAUUAGACGGUGCCCAGGUUGUUUCACACAAGACACUCGAAAAGAAUGGAUAUUGUGCUGUCCAGGUUGGCUCCGGGUUUAAAUACGAACGAAACGUGACGAAGCCGAUGUUGGGCCAUUUCAGUGCAAACGGUGUCUCGCCCAAACGACAUAUACAUGAAUUUAGAGUCAAGGACGAGACUGGACUACUGCCGAUUGGCGAGGUUAUCAAUGCCGAUUGGUUCCAGGAAGGUCAAUACGUGGACGUUCGAUCCAACAGUCGAGGAAUGGGAUUUGCGGGUGCUAUGAAGAAAUGGGGUUUCCACGGUCAAGAUAGAAGUCACGGUGUCAGUUUGACGCAUCGUUCGCUCGGUUCUACGGCUCCUUCUCAAGGUGGUGGUUCCAGGGUCUUCCCUGGCAAAAAGAUGCCGGGAAGAAUGGGAAACUAUCAAGUGACGCUACAAAACUUGAAGGUGUUGAAAGUGGAUGCUGAGAAUGGCAUUGUCGUUGUUAAGGGGAGCAUUGCUGGUCCAAAGGGACGCUGUGUCAAGGUUCAAGAUGCAAUUAAGAAGCCAUGGCCAAAGAUCGAGGCUACAGAGCCUGCUCCGGUUGAGGAAUAA